CUCUCUCUCUCUCUCUCUCUCUCUCUCUCUCUCUCUCUCUCUCUCUCUCUCUCUCUCUCUCUCACACACACACACACACACACACACACACACACACACACACACACACACACACACAUCGAAUGAGGAUGUUAUUCAGAGCUGCCAAAAUCUGAAACCAGCCCAUCAACCAUUUCCAUACUUACAUAUUUAGACAGUCAAUCUAAUAGAAGUGGCUCACUGUCAGGGUGAAGGGGGUACGAGGUGCACAGAAGUGGGCUCAGGUGUUGACAUAAAUUGCAGGUCAGGAAAAUCUGAAGCUACAAAAUCCACAAAGAAGAGUGAGGGCAGUUAUUGAUUAGACAGGUGAGGAGCAGAUUUUGGUGGAGAAUGUCAGACUCCCUGCCGUUUUACCCCAGCAGCAGCAGCAGCAGUAGCAAGUCUCAAGCGUCAACCCCUCAGGCCAACCUACACACCUGCGAGCCCUGUGGGACCUUCUGCCAGCAGAUGGCAGAAUCACAGAUUAAAGAGAGCAGGGACAUCUGCUUCACCCAGCAAGACAGCAACACUUUCAGCUUGAGGACUGCAGCUCUGAACAGGAGGCACAGCGCUGAUGGGACCGUCGGUUCAGGAUCAGCACUGAAGCGAGGCCCCGUAGACUCAGACCGUUUCCAUCCAUACCAUCGACAGUUCAGUGAUGGAGCAGUGACGGCUGCAGUUUGUCUCCAACAGUGCUCGUCUUCCUUCAGCUGUCUGCAGGAGGUGUGCAGCCCUGACACUUGUUCACACAGCUCCAGUGGCGAGGCACCAACAUCCUGGGACCAAUACAAUGGCAGCUUUCAGGUUUCUAUACUUCUGAGUUCGUAUCCAGAACAACCAGCUGCACCAGCAGAGCCCUCCUGCUUCUUGUCUCAAAGCUAUCCAUCCUACAGCUCAUUGAGCCCCCUGCAACAGGUCUCAUCAAGACUGAAUCAUAAUAAUGACCAGUUGAACGGCUCAAAAUAUUCUCUUUCCACUCAAUCACCCCAGGAGAACAGCACACAGUCCCUCUUCCCCAAGCCCAUUUACUCAUACAGCAUCUUGAUCUUCAUGGCUCUGAAGAACAGUAAAACAGGAAGCCUGCCAGUCAGUGAGAUCUACAGCUUCAUGACUGAACACUUCCCCUAUUUCAAGACAGCUCCUGACGGAUGGAAGAACUCUGUGCGUCACAACCUCUCCCUGAACAAGUGCUUUGUGAAGGUGGAGAACAAAAAUGGGAACUCGUCCCGUAAAGGCUGUCUGUGGGCUCUCAAUUCAGCCAAGGUGGAGAAAAUGCAGGAGGAGCUGCACAAGUGGCGCCGCAAGGACCCGGUCACUGUUCGCAGGAGCAUGGCGAGGCCAGAAGACCUUGACCGUCUGUUGGGAGAGAGACCGGAGAAGCUCAAGUCUUUGCCACCUUACACCAACCCAGCUUUGUUAUCCAGAGUGACCCCUAUCUACAGCACCACCUCAUCAUCUUGCUCCCCGGCCCAGCUUCAGCCCCCCUGCCUGUCCAUUCGCCGUCCACACUAUUCCCAUAUUCAACCUCAGCUGCCCUCCUACCUCCUCCCUGCCGCUGCUAACCCCAGCAACUCAUUUGCCCUGUACUCACCCUGUGGACAGCCAACAGCCACUGGAGGCCUGAACUCACCCAUGGCUGGUAAGAUGCCACCUGUUUACAAUGCCGCCCUGCAGGCUGAGUACAGCGUUGGCCCCAGGAGCAUGCAGGACUUUCUGUUGGAAGGAGACGCCAGUUAUGACAUCGACACACUCAACCCCAGUCUGACUGACCUGCAGCUGCAAGGUAACUUGUGGGAGGAGUUAAGGGACGACAGCCUGGUAUCUGAUCCACAAGUCACCCUUACGACCCCGUCCACUACGUCUGCCCUGCAGGACCACAACAUCCAGACCAGCUCCCUGCAGGUCACACUUCCUCCUGUCAGUCGUCGAAAAGCAGAGUACACGGACGAAAACACAGACAUUGGAAGAAACUUAGAGCAGCACGGCUGUUUGAAUGGACUGCAUCCUGUGGUUUAUUCAGGAAUGGAGAGUCUGGCUGGGUAUCUGACUUCCUGUACCACAUCCAUCUCUUUAAUGUAAAGACCUGACUGUUUUCGGUUGCGUCACCCUCUACCGGCCAUCAAUGUACUAUAUUAAGCUGAAUGGGAAAUAUUGUUGCAGGCAGCUUCAUGCCACAGUAUUAGCUUGGUGAUUACUAAAUUCAUCCGAUCCUCUGUUUACUACAGUGUGACAAACUCUGUGGAGGAACUAAGACAAGUUCAGCUGAUAAAAAAAAGUCUAUAAAAAAGUCUAUCUUUUUUUUCUGUUUCAGUACGCACAGAAUUAGCAAAAUCAUACACAGGGACACACUUUGAAUUAAAUGAAUUAAAAUUGUAUUUCAAUUGCAUAUUGAAAAUGCAAAAUUAUGUGAAUUUAGCUAUUUAUUUACCUUUUACAAAUUGUAUUGUCACAUUGAUUUACAAAUCCUAAUCCAAAGUCCCUGUAAAUAACCAUUGGAGGUUUUAUUUUGUCAUUUGUAAAUCAAUUUUUCAUAUUCAAUUUAAAUUGUUUUCAAGGGAUUAGUACCAGCAUUUUGUUGUAGUGUGAAUGUAUGCAUGAAUAGUUGUUUAUAUCUAUGUGUCAGCCCUGUGAUUGGCCCGGUGUAGCCCACCUCUUGCCCACUGUCAGUAGGAAUUAGCUCCAGGGGAUAAGGAUUACUCUAAGGACAUAGCUGAUGGAUGGAUGGACAGUUCCUCCAUAUUAAAAGCAUAACACACAUACAUUCUUAGAGGAUGUCUUCUGCUUAAGCACCUUUCCAUGACCUGACAACUGCAACAAAUGUGCAGUUGCCCGGAUCAUCAUGCUUACCUCAUUAUUAUAGUCACCCUUUUAAUGUUUGAAUCUGCAGCUCACUUCUCUUAAUGGAGCUUUAUACUGAAUUUCAGCUAAUAUUUUACUGUUAACCUACUUUUUCACACUUUUGGUCCACUGUUAACAGUUAGCAGCUAAAGAGCCAGUUCUCCCUCAGGAGACCAAACACACAGAUAAAAGAGAGGAAUAUUGGACUCAAAUUCUCAAACUCCAAAUCAAUCAAAUUCAAUUCAAUUCAAUUUUAUUUGUAUAGCGCCAAUUCAUAACAGAAGUUAUCUCAGGACACUUUUCAAAUAGAGCAGGUCUAGACCGAACUCCUUAUAACAUUAUUGUCAUAAAUCAAAAAACAAUAUUGCUAACAACACUAUUAUUUCUAUUAAAAGCAGAUCUGUGAGAUAAUGUAUUUAAUAUGUAUGUUAUAUUUUGCAGCCAUUGGCUCCACUGUGAUAAGGGCUCAGCAUUAGAGAAGCUCUCUCACAUUUGUUUACACUGAUGUCUAAUACCAGUGCAGGCCUGAUGGAUGAUGAUAUGUAGUGUCAUGGCAACAGUGCAGUAAGACUGUUGUCACAGAAGAUGGCAGCAAAGACACUUCUGAUGUAAUUCUCAUCUUUUAAAUUAUAUUUUAGUUCUUACUUUCUGUAGUUAAGCGCCCUGACAAACAUGAGGGGAAAUAUAAAUAUAUAUGGAGAAUAUAGAUAACAUUAUUUUAGCACUUUUGGGUUACUGAGUUUCUGUUUUUGUAAGAGUAUGUUCAUAAACUAAUUAAAGAGUGUUAUUUUAA